GGCCAUGUUGAAUUUUCUCUUCGCUGGCGCAUGUUUAGCCGGGCGGCCGGAAAGAGAUAUUGUGUGACAGCUUUAAGCAAGUUUCACUAGUUGUGCCGCGUUACAGCGUUCAUCAUGGCUCCGAACAUAACGGUGAAAGUGCACCCCGUAGUACUUUUCUCCAUCGUUGACUCCUACGAACGGAGAAAUGACGGCGCGGAGCGCGUCAUCGGUACCUUGCUCGGCUCUUAUGAGAAGGGAGGCGUAGAAGUGACAAACUGCUUCUGCGUGCCCCACAACGAGUCCCAGGAUGAAGUCGCGGUCGACCUGGAGUUCGCCAAGAACAUGUUUGAACUGCACAAGAAAGUGAACCCCGCCGAAGUGAUCGUCGGCUGGUACGCGACCGGCCCCGAUGUGACCAGCCACUCUGUUCUCAUCCACGACUACUACAGCCGUGAGGCUACUAGCCCCAUUCACUUGACACUCGACACCCUGAUGGCAGACAACAAGAUUACCAUCAAAGCGUACACGAGCACGCCUUUCGGAGUCCCAGGGAAAAAUGUGGGCACCAUGUUCACUCCAUGCAAAGUGGAAGUUGUCGGCUAUGAGGCCGAGAUGGUGGGUCUCAAGCUUACUCAGGGCACAAAGCACAGCAAGCAGCGGAGCGUCGAGUGCGUGCCGGAUUUCGACGCCGUGGGUCAGUCCUGCCGUGAGAUGCGUGAGACCCUGGAAGUGGUCAUUAGUUAUGUGGAUGACGUGCUCACGGGUAAAACGCCACCAGACAACCAUGUGGGGCGCAUGCUUCUGGACAUCAUCCAGAGCAUCCCUCAGAUGGAGAAUGACAAGUUCCAGAACAUGCUCAAUGGCAACAUGAAGGACUUGCUUAUGGUUGUUUACCUUUCGCAGCUUACAAAGACCCAACUUGCUCUCAAUGAGAAGUUGAGCCUGCUUUAGGCACUUAAGACAGUUGGGUUAUUCAUUGUGAGCAAGUAUAUAAUAAAUGCACACAGUGUUGCUUGUCCUACCAGACAGAUCUCCCUCAGAAAUCUUUUCUUGAAGGAAUGUGGACACAUUUUCAAAGUUGUAUAAACGCUACAAUACGCUUCUUGCUCGUAAAGAGAUUACAUUUAGCAAGUGUGAAGGUUGGGAAACACAAACAUUUUAAUUUGUUCUAAUAUAAUCUCACAAUGCCGAACCUGGUGUCAUCGACAAUACUGUGAUGACGUGAUGAUGUGAAUAAUUUGCUGGUGUUGCAAUAAGUCUGAGUAUGAUGAUGAGGCUCAUAAAAAAAGGACUUCUUUGCAAGUUUCUUCUGGCUGUGCUUGCAUGUGGCAGCUGCAGCGCUCAAAGGAACGGAGUGAUCGUGGUAUGAUGCAACCACCUCUUAGCCACUGAAACAGGAACCAUUCAUUAAAACAAGUAUAUAGCAAGUUAUGGCACUCUGCCAUUUACCUGUAUUUUUUAUAAGGUUUAGAGGGCUCGAUUUCUCAUUUAAUAUAAGAAAAGUUACAAGUAAAUAAUGUCAUGUCAGUAGUCCCAAAAAUGCAAAUGGCCAAAUCAGCAUAGAGAAGUACGUUAUACAUUCUUGGGCAGCCUUAACAGUCUUGGAAAAAGGAAAUAGCUUACUCGUGGAGGUAGUUGCACUUGAAUGCUGGACUUGCCUUCCUCCAUAUCUCUUACUCCCAUAACAUGAAACGAUGAUGAUUCACUUUUUUCUUUAUUUCCAUGUUUAGGUCAUUUCCUGCCACAAAGGUCUUACUAUAAAAGUCACUAACCUAGGUGUUGCAACAUUCAUUUCUUCUUGCCUUUUGUCCUUGCCAUAUGGCAACAUUAACCAAGCUUAAGCUGAACCUCAAUUAAGGGCUACUUUGGCCAUGCAGUGUUAUACAGUUGCCAAUGUAAUAAACACAAAUUUGGAAAUUUACAGAAUUUUUCUGUUAACGAUAGUAAGCACCUAUGCGGUUAGGGCCUCCGUAACUGAUAACUGUAGCAGGCUGCAACUGAGGAUAGUUUAACUGCAGUUAACAUGCCCCUCUAACUAGGUUAUUAGCCAGCAUAUUCACAGGUGGAUGAUGACACUCAAUCUUGUAUCUUGCUUAGCACCUUGAUCUUUAUUUUAGCUGCGCCACUUGACAAGUUCCAUUUUCAUGGGACAGUUCCGUAAGCUUUACAAGACCCAUAUAUGAAGUAACUAGUUCAGUAGCAAAGUGUAAGAAAUCUUAUUUGCUUAAUUUAAAUGCACUAGCACAUGCUUUCAUAAAAAUUUUUACAUGUGUUUGUGACAGCAGAUGCUCGAUAAUGUCAUGUUGGCGGUUCCAAGUCAGUUUUCAGUAGCUGCUGGAAGGCAGUCCUUGUAAAAGAUCUGUCAUCAGCUGCUGAAAUCAUUAUACCUUAUUUGAAACAUAUUUUUCUUUAACCAGUAUGUUAGUCACCUGCUAUGGUCAGGAAAAGUGGCAGUUCUUGCUGGAAAGAGGGCAUAUGAUGGCAGUAAAGGACAAGACAAGAAGGAAAUGGGAUAGACCCUUGAUGCCCUUAUAAACACAGACUUGCACUGGAUGUUAAAGAAAAUCAAAGUUGAACCAUUGUAGAAGAUUCUGUCACAAUUUGCUCGGAUUGGUUAAUCAUGUAACUAGUCCUUGAUAUAGAACUGAUGUUCUUGCUUCCUGAUAUGUUCAUGAUACCACUUGGACUUGGCUGCUUGGUCCUAAUAGAACUGAUGGCAACCUUUGGUACCGACAAAACAGCAACAUGUUUGUACUGCAUCGAAGGUGCACUUUUCUCUAACAGCUCAUGGUGCUCAUGUCCUCUUUAAUACGUAAUUUUAAAACAGCUUUAAAAUCUGUUUCAUUAAAAAAAAUGUGUACUUUUCA